UCACAAUUUCCCUCCCUUUCCGGCAACCGCCUGUUGGGAGGAGCUGCCCAAGACCUCCGUAGGGGGCUAGAGUGGCAACGGCGCCAGCGAGGUUCUAGAACGCUUGGACGGAUGGCCUAGAGCGUCGACCUCCUAUUUCCCUCCCCCCACCCCACCCCCAACUUGUGUCUUCCACUUUGGGAGUGGGGGGUGGGGGGGAUCAUUCUACAACCAACGAGACGGCCCUGGCCUCCUUCAGUAUCAUAGAGACUGGGACUUUCUACGCCCGCCCCCUCUUCCGCCUCUUGGUCGCCGACGAGAGUGCCCCUCUUCAGCUUAUUUCCUGUUGGCUGAGAGAUCGAGAGCUGGAAGAGAGAACUGGGAGGGGGCGGGGCAGCCCUAGGCAGAAGGAGUUGAGGAGCCCGGGGUGGAAGGAAAUGGGCGUAAGAAGAGGCCGGAAGUAAAGCAAAGAAUACAGGAAGUGAAGGGGAGGAGCCAGGGGGGAGGGGGCCAUAUGAGGAGGGGGAAGGGGAAGUUAGGUAGGAUUUGCAUUCAGAACCCAGCCCGGGGAAACUGUCCGGAGGGCCUGAAAUAGUACCUUUUCCUCCUCCUGCAGCGGAGAGAGCUAUUCAUCAAUUAAGUUUGGAAAUUGGAGCUCCUCUCUUCCUGGGACUAGAAAUUGUGUGUGUGUGUUUGUGUAUCUGUGCUUGAGUGUGUGGGAGUCUGGGCUUCCCUCUGGCCCCCGUUGGGAAUAGGCAGGAGUUAGGAGAGAGCAGAUAGGGAGGCUGGCUUUUAGGAUCAAAGAGGAAGAGUCUUCCUCCCUCCACUUCCUCUCCCCGAUCUCCCUCCCAGCCCUUGGUUUAUAAUCUCUAGUUGAUUUGAGACUAAAAUGGCUGCCGUUGCCAUGACACCCAACCCAGUCCAGACACUCCAAGAGGAGGCAGUAUGUGCCAUCUGCCUGGAUUACUUUACAGAUCCUGUGUCCAUUGGCUGUGGACACAACUUCUGCAGGGUGUGCGUGACCCAGUUGUGGGGUGGAGAGGAAGAGGAAGACAGGGAGGAGGAGGAAGAUGAAGGGGAAGAAGAAGAGGUGGAGGCAGUAGGUGCCAGUGGUGGGUGGGACACCCCCAUGCGAGAGGAUGAGUAUGAAGGGGAUAUGGAAGAAGAGGAAGUGGAAGAGGAAGAGGAUGAAGAGUUUUGGACCAAUAGUAUCAAUGGCCCUACUUGGGACAACAUGGAUUAUGUGUGGGAUGAGGACGAAGAGGAAGAUUUGGACUACUAUCUGGGGGAUGUGGAAGAGGAGCUGAGGGGCGAAGAGGAGGAAGAAGAUGAAGAUGAGGAGGUGUUGGAGGAAGAUGAAGAGGAAGAGCUAGAGCCAGCUACCCCUCCACCACCAGCCCCUGCUCCUAGGCGUAGAUUCACCUGCCCUCAGUGUAGGAAGACUUUUCCUCGUAGGAGCUUUCGACCUAACCUACAGUUAGCCAACAUGGUGCAGGUAAUUAGACAAAUGCACCCAGCCCCUCGGAGAGGAAGCCGGGGAAAUGAACAAGGGGUAUGCCCCAAGCACCAAGAGGCUCUGAAGUUGUUCUGUGAGGUGGAUGAGGAGGCUAUCUGUGUGGUAUGCCGAGAAUCAAGAAACCACAAGCAACACAGUGUGGUGCCAUUGGAGGAAGUGGUGCAGGAGUACAAGGCCAAGCUGCAGGGUCACGUGGAGCCACUGAGGAAGCACCUAGAAGCUGUACAGAAACUGAAGGCCAAGGAAGAGAGGAGAGUCACUGAGCUCAAGAGUCAGAUGAAGACAGAGCUGGCAGCAGUAGCAUCAGAAUUCGGAAGACUGGCACGGUUUCUGGCUGAUGAACAAGCUGGGCUAGAACGACGCUUACGGGAACAGCAUGAAGCCCAGUUAGGGAGAGCAGGAGCAGCAGCAGGACGCCUAGGGGAGCAAGCCACCCAACUGAGUCGACUGCUGGCUGAGGCACAAGAGCGAAGCCAACAGGGGGGACUUCGGCUGCUUAAGGACAUCAAGGAGACUUUUAACAGGUGUGAGGAGGUACAGCUGCAACCUCCAGAGAUCUGGUCCCCAGAUCCCAGCCAUCCCCACAGCCACGACUUCUUGACAGAUGCCAUCGUGAGGAAGAUGAGCCGGAUGUUCUGUCAGGCUGCCCGAGUGGACCUGACUUUGGAUCCUGACACAGCUCAUCCAGCUUUAGCCCUGUCACCAGACCGACGAGGGGUCCGUCUUGCAGAGCGGCGCCAGGAACUCCCUGACCACCCUAAACGAUUUUCAGCUGAAUGCUGUGUGCUAGGAGCUCAGGGUUUCCGCUCUGGUCGCCAUUAUUGGGAGGUGGAGGUGGGUGGGCGGCGUGGUUGGGCAGUAGGGGCUGCUCGUGAGUCAACUCGUCACAAGGAGAAAGGGGGACCAGGAGGUGGAUCUGGGGGUGGUAGUGGGGAUGCCACACCAUCCCGUCACCACCAUCGCCGCAGACGGCCCCAUUUGCCCCAGCAGCCAAUGUUUCAAAGGGAAGUGUGGUGUGUGGGCACCAAUGGGAAGCGCUACCAGGCUCAGAGCUCAACUGAGCAGACACCCCUGAGCCCUGGGGAUAAACCACACCGAUUAGGGGUAUACCUGGACUAUGAGGCAGGACGCCUGGGCUUCUAUAAUGCCGAGACUCUGGGACAUGUACACACUUUCUCAGCUGCCUUUCUGGGUGAGCGGGUCUUCCCCUUCUUCCGGGUGAUUUCCAAGGGCACCCGAAUCAAACUCUGCCCCUGAAGUAUCCUAAUGCUUGCUCCCCCUCCCCCCAAUUUCCCUUAGUAGGGGUUAAGGGUGGAUCCUCAAGCUGGGGAGGUUAGUUCUCUUCUGCAGCCCUGCUUUUUUCCCCUCCCUCCUGUGUUUCCACCUUUAGUUUUCAUUCUCCUAUCUUCUUGGUCUAUAGUUGGCUAUGGGUCCCUGAAAAAGAAAAAUUGUUAAACAAUCUGCUUUCCCCCCUCCUUUCUCCCUACCUCUCUCCAUUUCCACCUCUGUUGUUUGUCUGCCCAAAUGGAUUUUAUUUGUGGGGAGGAAUUUUUUUUUUAAUGGGUUGAGACCCUUCCCCUACACACACACACACACACACACACACACACACACACACACACACACACACACACACACACACACACACACACACACACACACACACACACACACACACACAUACACAUACAUACACAUAUACACAUCUGUCAGCUGUAUGUAGCUGGGGGGAGAGGGGGAAUAGAGAGGUUGGGUCCCUUAAGGGUUCUUUCUCUCAGAUCAGAACUGUAAUGGUUCUAUCACCCUCACAGUUUUGUUCUUUUUCGCCUUAGCUGCCUCUGCCUCUUCCUUCACUGCUUUUUAUCCUGUUCUGCUGCUCACUUGCCUCCCACCUCCAUUUCUUGAAGGGGAGUUUGUCACCAAAAAACGUGACGUGUUCUCAGGCCCAGAUUCCCCUUCCCCCUCUCCAGUUUGGAGCUUGCAGCAUCCCCUACUUGGCAGCCCACAUGGGGAGAUGGGGAUCGGUUUGAUCCUUUGAGAUCUUGGGCAUAGUCUAUAUUUUUCUAGAACCCUCUGCUUCCAGUUUGGGAACCUAUUCCCAGUUGGAGGCAAUCGCCCCACCCCUCUCCCUGUUUCUUAGCCUCCUGCCUUUCUCUGUAUUGCUCUUGGCUGAGGUUGGUUUGGGGGGAAAUUGAGGGGUGGGGGUGGAAGGGUGUGUAGAAAUGGACAAUAAACUGUUUACUGUUUACCA